AUGGUCUUUCCAGGGGGCCCCUACCCAGGGGGCCCCCCAAGUGUGUAUGGGGGCCCCCCCCCGGGGGGCCCCCCCAGCUGCUACGGGGGCCCCCCUGAGGGGGGCCCCCCCCUGGACCCCUACGGGGGGCCCCCCCCUGGGGGCCCCCACUUAGGGGCCCCCCCCCCAAGCUGCAGGGGGGGGCCCCCCCUGGGGCGCCGGCUGUGCUGCGGCUUCCCCGCGCUGCAGCAGCAGCAGCAGCAGCAGCAGCAGCAGCAGCAGCAGCAGCAAGGCUGCUUGUACACCCCGGAGCUGCAGGCGCUGCUGGCUGCCAAAGGCCCCACAGGGGCUGUUACCCUCCGCGAGUUUGCUGCUGCUGCUGCUGCUGCUGCUCCGGACCCGCAGCGCAAGAGCCGCGAGCCCUCGCUGCUGCUGCUCAAGCAGGCCACUGCAGCAGCAGCAGCAGCAGCAGCAGCAGCAAGACGCGCCUGCGCAGAGCCGCGCAGAGACGUCGUCGCCUGGACGCUGCCCCCCGCUGCUGCUGCUGCUGCUGCUGCUGCUGCGCCGGGCGAGACUGCAGCGGAGGCAGCAGCAGCAGCAGCAGCAGCCGCCGCCAGGGCCCGCGGAGAGGGGCCCGAAGCUGCAGCUGCAGCAGCAGCAGCAGCAGCGCGCCGCCACCAGCUGCUGCACCUCUGCUGCUCCUUCCUUGCUGCACAAACUGCAGCAGAAACCUUCCGGCAGCAACUUGCUGCUGCUGGCCUUUUUGUUAACACAGAAAUCGAUGCAUGCAUUCGGCAGCAAAUGGCUUCGGGGGCCCUUCCCCUGGCCCGCCUGCUGCGCGCUGUGCUGCAGGCAGACCAGCAGCAGCAGCAGCAGCAGCAGCAGCAGCAGCAGCAGCGGCAGCGGCAGAUGCAGUUGCAGCUGCCGGAGCAGCGGCAGAAAGCACUGGGGUGGAGCAGCUAUGGGAACUAG